UUUCUCCACAACACAACAGUGUGCCGGCACGCGCCUGCGCGGACACCACAUCGAUACCUCGAGCUCACCCGGCAGUCAGCCCGCGACCACCGACAACAGUGAACUUAUUGCCAAAUAUUACCAGUGCUCAUAACACCCGCUGAAUUAAAGGAGACACGGAGAUGUCGCUGCUAUCGCUUGCAGCGCUGGGCGUGCUGUGCCUGGCCGGCGCGGGCUCCGCUAAGCACUCCAACAGCACUGUAGUCGACGAGCGUUGGUGCGGCGUGGAGCAGACCACGUGCGGCCUGCAUGACGACGACGGACCGUGGAUGGCCAUGCUGCAGCAGUGGGCGCUUGAAACACAUGGAACGAAUGAACGACAUGGUCGCAUAAUGGCGCUCCCGCCGGCACAAGGCUACUACGUGUCGGACCGCAUGGACGGCACGCUGCUGCCGCCGCCGCCGCCGCCGCACAGCAAGCACCCGAACCACCCGCAGCAUCAGCCGCCGCUGCCGGCCGGCGCGCGGCCCUACGACGAGUGGCAGCACGCGCCGCCGCUGCACAGCGGGAAGAUCGUCAACCGGCCACCCAACCCGUAUAAGGACAAGUUUAAACCCAGCUAUCCCGCACCAGUGCAGAACCAACCAAUACCCGUGCACAGCAGCGGCCUAGACCGCGUAGACGAGAACCGGCAGCCGCCACAGAAGCAGGUCUCCGAGACCGACCUGUACCUGCUGGGCGCCAUCGAGAAGCUGGUGUGGCGCGCCGACAUCAUGGAGAAACGUCUGCGCAAGAUCGAGGAAACCAUACACUACAUGGUGGCUGGCAAUGAUGCUAAACCCGAGCCGUGCGGAGAGAACUACACGCGCGUGGGCGGCGGCUGCUACCACAUCUCGUCAGACAACGCCAACUGGAAGGGCGCCAGCUACGCGUGCCGCAAGCUGAAGGGACAUAUGCUGGAGCUCGACUCCGACGCGGAGCGCGACUCCUUGGCGAACAACCUCUUCGGCGAUAACAAAGGAUCUAAAGCAGUGGAGUUCUGGACGGGCGGGCUGAACCCGGGGCUGCUGUGGAUCUGGUCGCACUCGGCGCGGCCGGUGCUGAGCAACGCCACCACGACGUUCAACAUCACGGGCGACGGGCGCUGCCUGGCGUGGCGGCGCGAGGCGGGCGCGGCGCGGGCGGCGCUGCGCGGCGCCGACUGCGCGCUGCGCCAGCGCUACGUGUGCGAGAAGGCGGAGGACAAGGAGAAGCUCAGCAACGAGAUCGAACGCGUCGCAAGGAUGCUGCGGACGCCGGGGGGGAGGAAACCAAAGAUAUUGUGGACUGACGAGCCCUGAGACCAGCUCUUAGGGUCUAGGGCUAUUUACUUACCUUGUAUUUUUAGACUUAAUAUUUAUUGUAAUAUUUAUCAUUAAUAGACUGUAAUAAUGUUCGCGUAUCUACUAUGGAUAUCAUAAGGUAUUUAAAACCUCGAUAUGACUGCAAAGAUUUCUGAACGAAUUUAAUGUUUGGAUCGAAUAAAAAAUAAAUAAACGUAAACGUUUUACA